AUGGACUAUAAGCAAGUUUGGAGAAAUUUCUCUCUCCUUCACCUCAUCCCCUAUUCUGAAGGUGAAACCAUGAUCUGUGUGCUGGAUUUCAAGCGAGAGGCGGGGCUUUGGCAUGCAGUUCUUGCGGCUGUGUUCAAUGGAAUGCGAGUAGUAUUUGUACCGUAUUCUUUGAUGAAAAUCAAUCCAGCAAGUUGGAUGCUUAUGGCGACGAAGUUGCAAGCUUCCGUUGCUUUGGUAAAGUCGCGAGAUCUUCAUUGGGGUCUCUUAGCCACUCGCGAUCACAAAGAUGUCAACUUAUCCUCUCUCAAAUCCUUACUAGUAGCUGAUGGAGCAAACCCGUGGUCACUGUCAUCUUGCGAUCAGUUUGCUGCUACAUUUGCCGCACAUGGGCUAAGACCUGAGGCGAUGUGUCCAUGUUCCGGGAGUUCGGAAACGGGAACAAUCUCCUUGAGAAAGCGUACCUCAAGUGGAAGUGGUAGCAGUGGACGAGGAAUUUUGUCAAUGGCUGCAUUGAGUCAUUCAGUUGUCAGAGUAGAUAAGGAAAACUCACUCACGAGCUUGACACUGCAGGAUGCCGGUCAAGUUAUACCUGGCGGUUCUGUGGUUGUUGUGAAACAAACGGGUUUACCGAGCGUAUCUACUGCUGAACCACUGGGCGCAGACGAUAGGCCUCUAGGACCAAGACGUUACGUAAGAAGCGGAUUGAUUGGGUUCAUGGGCCCUGAUGGUCUUGUCUUCGUUGUUGGUCGUCGCACUGCUCAGCUUAGCGUGUCUGGACUUGCCGAGCAGAAACCGGGUGCUAGUGAAGAGGAUGCGUUUACCGUGAGUAUUUCGAAUUUGCAGGUGCAAGGUAUUUGCAGCAUGAACGUUUGGAUGUCAAGAGUUUUGCAAGCUGUUGAUGCAAUACAUCAAGUAGGGAUAUAUUGCUUGGCACUUGUUCCAGCCAACCAGUUACCAAAGACGCCUUUGGGUGGUAUCCACGUAUCCGAGACGAGGCAACGGUUUGAAGCUGGAGAGCUGCAUCCAUCAACACUUCUGAUGUGCCCGCAUAGUUGUGUGAUAAAUCUGCCCAAGCCAAGGGAAGUACAACCAGACAUUGGUCCAGCAUCGAUGCUUGUGGGGAACCUCGUUCAAGGUGUUAGAAUAGCUGGAGCACAAGGACGAAGUUUGGCGCAAGAAGAUGACAUGAAUCUUCUCGAAAUUCUUCGCUCAAGGGCUUCAUCUUCACCGGAUCACAAAUUGUUCACUCUUGUCACUGCAAAAAAUCCUGAACAUGACACAGCGACCUGUGCCAGUCUACUGAAGUUUGCGUUAUCUGUUUACUUUGAAAUUCGGUUCUUAUAA